CCAUAUUUUGCAGUCUUUACAAUUGCUAUACAUAACACUGUCGACCGUUAAGGAAGAUGAGAGUCGAAAUCAUUGUGGUGUUGUGCCUGUUAUUGUGCCAUGCUCAGGGCAACCAAGACACGGCCAAAGCCAAGACUGGGCGUAGUAACCUGACUACAACGGUAAAGAUGGCAAAACUGAGAUCCGCAUUGGUGGAAAAAAGAGCCCUAACAAUUAAAAUGAAAGCUUUAUUACCAACAAAGUCCAAUGAGACCGCGACAAAGAGGCAUGUUAAAGUGAAACUAGCUCAAGACAAUACAGCCUGUGAUAAGCCGGCUUUCUCGAACUGCGAACUUAUUUUCAAGUGGAACUUCUUGUAUCUGAAAGUCAUCGCAUCAAUUGGGAAGGCAAUAAGCAAGCUCUUAACCAAGUAUCCCAGUGUCGUCGCAAAGGUGCCCGAUGUCUACGUCUUGAUAGUUGCCCAUCUGUUUUGCGAGAAUAACCUGCCGGCAGUCAUUGAGCUCAUGAUAACUUUUCUUGGGGUCGAUUCCAAGAAUUGCAAAGAAAUACAGGGCUUUCAUGCCAUUUCCAUGUAGACAACGGGAUUCAAUCCACAUUUCAAUUUUAAUAA